AAGAUUAUUACAUCCAGUGAUCGCUGAACCACUCCUUCCUGAAUAGAAACCGAUGAAAUGAAACUGAGUGAACAUGUUAGAGUUGACCCUUGUGACGUGACGAUGGGAAGGGAGGCUCUUAUGUUUACACAUCAAUGCGUGCAAGAGCAGUUGCGAACUGUAUAAUCUAGCAUCAUUUAAAUGUUUCGCGUUCUUUUCUUUAUAAAUCUAAAAUCGCAACUUUGUAAAUCGAAAAAUUAAAGCGUGCAAAAGGGUAACGACGUUACCGAGAGAUUCAAGACCGUAGUUUUGCACUCAUAGUGUUGUAGCUAACGUUACCCAGCUAGCAUUACAUUAGCUUAGGUGUCAUGGACGAGCUAGCUGUUGAAGUCAGGGGGACGAGUGGGGCUUUUUACAAGGGAUAUUUGAAGGAUGUUCAUGAAAGUGCUGUCACCGUGUCCUUUGAAAACAAUUGGCAGCCAGAACGUCAAAUUCCCUUCCAUGAUGUUCGAUUUCCUCCACCCACAGGUUUUCAGAAAGAGAUAAACGAGAGUGAUGAAGUUGAGGUAUGUGCUGUUUAUUCUAGGGCUAAUGAUAAAGAGCCAUGUGGGUGGUGGCUGGCGAAGGUCCGGAUGGUGAAGGGAGAGUUUUAUGUCAUAGAGUAUGCAGCUUGUGAUGCCACGCUCAAUGAAAUAGUCACAUUAGAUAGGUUACGGCCUGUCAACCCAAACAAGACAGCUACAAAAAACUCCUUCCUGAAAAUUCACCUAGACGUCCCAGAGGACUUGCUGCAAAUGUGUUCGAAAGACUCUCAUAAAGAUUUUAAGAAGGCAGUGGGAGCAUUCAAUGUCACUUAUGACUCAGACAAAAGACAGCUUGUUAUUCUGUCUGUGAACGAGAUUACAACCAAAAGGGCGCAGAUGCUGAGCGACAUGCAUUUCCGGAGCCUGCGCACCAAGCUGUCCCUAAUGCAGAGGAACGAGGAGGCUAGCCGCCAACUGGAGAGCUCUCGGCAGCUGGCAUCUAGGUUCCAUGAGCAGUUUGUGGUCCGAGAUGACCUGAUGGGUCUGGCCAUCGGGACCCAUGGUGCCAACAUCCAGCAGGCCAGGAAAGUACCUGGGGUCACCACCAUAGACCUGGACGAAGAGACCUGCACCUUCCACAUCUAUGGCGAGGAUCAAGAGGCAGUGCGCAAGGCUAGGAGCUUCUUGGAAUUUUCUGAAGAUGUCAUCAAAGUACCAAGGAAUUUAGUGGGGAAAGUCAUUGGAAAAAAUGGGAAGUUGAUCCAGGAAGUAGUGGAUAAAUCUGGUGUUGUUCGAGUUCGGAUCGAGGCUGAGAACGACAAGAAGCCACCUCCAGUGGAUGAGGGCAUGGUGCCGUUUGUCUUUGUGGGUACAAAGGAAAGCAUUUCCAAUGCUAAAGUACUGUUAGACUAUCAUCUCAACUAUCUGAAGGAAGUGGACCAGCUGCGCAUGGAGCGGCUGCAGAUAGAUGAGCAGCUGAGGCAGAUUGGGGGAGGAGGCCCCAGGGCCCCGGGGACUGGACGGCCUGACAACAAGAUCUUCAUUGUAGACAACGGUGGCAUAGGCAUGAUGGGCAUGGGCUCCCAGAGAGGAGGGAAGCCGUUCAGCAGGGGAGGAGGAGGCCGUGGACGACGCGGUGGUCCCCCUUUUACCUCCGGCACCAACUCUGAGGCUUCCAAUGCGUCCGAGACCGAGUCGGACCACAAGGACGAGCUGAGUGACUGGUCUCUGGCCCCCACUGACGAGCUGACAGGGGGCUUCCCCAAACGACCCGAUACACGCAAGAGAGGGGGAGGAGGGCCUCGCGGACGGGGAGGGAGAGGAAGAGGAGGCUUCAAAGCUGAAGACAUCCAGUGGACUGAGUCACGUUCACGGAAUACCAGAGACCCUAAGCUAAGGCCUCAGGAAGAUUCUUUGCAGAUCCGAGUGGACAGUAACAAUGAGAGGAGUGUGCAUGCUGCAGCCAGAGGUCCCCCUGGCCCCGCAGGCGACGGAAUUGUCCCCGGAGCAAACCGACAGAGACCCAUCAAAGAGCGACCUAUCAAGAAGGAGAGGCAGGAGGGCCCUAGUGGUGAAUCCACUGCUGUGCCCCCGGUGGUGGUGAACGGGGUGUCGUAGAUGGGGCCGACGGAAGGCACCCUCGUCUUUCUCACACACACACACACACACACGUCUCUUUCACACACACACCACGCCAUCAAUCCAGAAGCUUCUUCAUUAGAGACACUUUAGGCCAAAGAGGACAGGUCAGGGCUGAAAUUAAGCACACUUUGGACAAAGCAACUCCGACAGUGGCAGGUGGAUGGGGUGUUGGGUGGGUUACUGUGUACAGGGAAGGAGCCAUCUACGCUUUUAGGUGUUAACGGGAGAAGGAAAACUGAGACUGCAGUCUUUUUCUAAUUGACAUUGUUGACAACUACCUAUCAGAUGAUUAAAAGCUGUGGGGAGAAAAUGUUUAAAACAAAAAGAGGGGCCUCCAUGAUGAAUCUGGAUUUCUAAAAGGAUAUGGUUUUCUAUCACUUGUUCGUGUACAGUACUAGCCUUUUCUCCGGCUAGAGGGUUGGAUUGUUUGGUCCUUCCUGCCUUCUCUUUCCAUCAUGAUGUGUUUAUGGAGCCGUGUGUCACAGUGGAAUAUAGAACUCAUUACCAUGUGAGGUCACGGCUGCAUCAUUAGCAAAAAAAAAAAAGAAUAACCCUCCUCUCUGAUCUGUGCCUUUAUCUCGUGUGGAUAGUAUCACAAAUAGAAGUCAAUCAGGGAAGAAGAUGACAUUGGAAAACAGUAAUGGAUUUUACUCAUGUAGUGAACACACAGCUCACCUUCCAAAAAAAAUGAAAAGUUUGUCUUUUUAACCUUGCGAUGCAUGUAGGCUACAUCCUUUAUCAUUGGUUUCGACAUUGGCGACAGUCAGCAAUCUUGAGUUUUCCAAAGCGUUGCUUGGUUUCUGUUUCCUAGUGCUGAAUAUUGCUUGAAUAGGGAUGAUGAUUUUUGUAGCCAAUGAUAAAGCAUUUCUCUUUUUUAAAUGGUGGAAUGACCAUGAAUUCAAUAUCUAUCUUACCAUAGGAUCACAGUGGAGAAAGAUGCUGUGAGUUUAUUUGUGUGCAUUUUUAUUCAAGUCUCAACAGAUUCAUGUCAUUUCACACUGGCUACAUUUAAUGGAGACUAUUAGAUUCAGAUAGGACUCCAUAUCGUCAACACUGUACAGUACCUUAUGACAGAAGCACUUAUAUAUGGACCUUUUAACAUGAACUAUGUCGAACUGGGGAGUGAUAUUGAGCACAUGGUCCUUUUGCCAUACAUUGACCAACAAUCACUUUCCCUGUUGGUUUUUCAUUUAAAAGUGUCAAUGGGAAGACUGGUACACACAUCUCUCUCCAACCCUAAUAUAUUGUUCAUAAGAUAUUGACAAUUGGUCAUUAGAUUGUAAAUUAUAUAAAGGGGGUGCAUACUGUAUAUUAUCUCAUUUGUUUAAAAUACUUUUUUGCUAUUUUGGAUUGAACUUCAAAUGUGCACUUAUCAUUCUUUUUGGUUUAUUUGCAACUACUAAAUAAUAUGAACCAUAAUAAACAAUGAUGUGAUAAGAUUUCUUCAGCAGGUGAAUCACAUGAAUGCUGUCAACAAUAUUACCACGUUUAGAUAACCCUAUAGCUAACUCUGAGUCUCAUGUACCUUUGCCGUAUGGAGGAUGAAGUUUAGUCCCAUGUUAUAACCAUAUGUCUUAUAUUGGAUCAGUGCUUGUGCAUUAAAACUUUAGUUUACAGUUGAAGAAGAAAAAAAAUACUGUGAGGGUAUUCCUAGUGUCUUGUUUUAAUAAUUUUUGUUUUCUUGUUUACACUCUAAAUUGCAACAUUGGAUGAUGUACAGCCAAUGGGCAUCAGUGAACAGCUGUCUGAGCAUCUCUUGUGUUGCUGUUUUUUGCCAAUGUCCAAUGAGGAAAAUUGUCUUUCAGCAGGCUAACAGCCACUGCUCUCCCCAGCGUUAACAGUCAAUAAUUGAACUGGCCCCAGUCUGACUCAGUCUUUGGGAUUUUAUAUAAAUUAGAUAAGUAUGAUGAUGAAAUUACAUUGACAUUAAUUGAAUAUUUUGUACUAAUAGCGGAGGGGUGGGAUAAGCAAAAAAAAAAAGGCUUUUAAAACAGAAAAUGACGGCAGGUUUAGCCCAGUUUAAUGGUGCAGACUUGGAAGAGAUGUUUGAUCAGAUCGUUAUGAACGGCUUGAGCAAAGUGGGCCAUGGUCUCUUCAGAAUGGCACCAUCCAUCUGGGACUUUAUCUAACCCUGCCUGGGGCAUAAAUGGUUUACUCAGUAUUUGAAUGACAUUCAUCUAUCUGACGCAGACCGUAAACUGACAAGAUGUUGCAGAUCAGCUCACAGUCUACUCUGUUGUCAAGGUCAAGUCACAGUGUUGCCAAACAGACUGUUUUCUAGUUAUUUAUUUUGGGAACGUAUACGAUUCAAGAAAAAUACAAUUGUAAAACAUUUCGUCUUGCACACAUUGUAGGGUGUUGUGUUUUGAAAGCAGAACUGAAACCAGAAAUACUGUAGAUAGUGAACCAACUGGGUAGACUGACCUUGUAUGUUACACCACUUUGGGCAAUAUUUUCUUUGUACAUAUUAGUGGAACAGAUUGGGCUUUAUGUUGACAUUGUCUGGUUAUAGUGCAAUAUAUUUUGUAUGCAAGCAGUUUCAAUAAAUAAAGGUUGAUCUUCCUCUGCUA